UUCAGAUCAGAAGAUGAGUGAUGGUGUGGAGGAAGAGGAGGACAGAACAGAGUCUCUAGUCUCUGGCUGUCUGUCUAUGAAGAGUGACCGGUCCAAAGAUCAACCUCCAAACGUCAGUAAUGAACCUGGACCCUCAGACACAAAAGCAGAGUCUCCAGUACCCAGCUGUCUGUCUAUGAAGAGUGACUGGUCCAAAGGUAAACCUCCAGACUUCAGUAAUGAACCUGGACCCUCAGACACAAAGAAGAGGAAGAGGAGUGAUGUUUCUGUGGAGGAGCAGCUGUCCUGCUGUGCUUUGUGUCAGGGCGUCCUGAAGAAUCCAGUCUCUACCAGCUGUACCAGCUGUGGACACAGUUUCUGCAGACAGUGCAUCACCUCAUACUGGGACCAGUCUGCUUCAUCAGGAGACUCCUCCUGUCCCCAGUGUGGAAAAAGAUCCAGAACAAGAGCUGGACUGCAGACAGCCAGUCAGACCAGCUCUGUACAAAUAGAUAGGGUUCUGCAGGAGGUUUUAGAUGAACAUAAGAUCAGUCUGAUGAAGAGAUGUGAAUGUGUGACUGAAGGAACUGAUGAAACAGGAAGUGGAACCCUCCUCAACAGCAUCUACACUGAGCUCUACAUCACAGAGGGACAGAGUGAAGAGGUUAAUACCCAACAUGAGGUGAUGCAGCUUGAGACAGCUUCCAAGAUGAAGACCCUCCAUGACACUCCAAUCAAGUGCUACAACAUCUUUAAAGCCUUACCUGACCAACGGGGACACAUCAGAGUCGUUCUGACGAACGGCGUCUCUGGCGUUGGAAAAACCUUCUCAGUGCAGAAGUUCACUCUGGACUGGGCAGAGGGCUGGGAAAACCAAGAUGUCAGUCUGGUGGUUCUGCUUUCGUUCAGGGAGCUGAACUUGAUCAGAGAUGAGCAGUACAGUCUUCUAAUGCUGCUCCAUGUUUUCCAUCCAACAUUACAGAAGGUCACAGCAGAGAAGCUCGCUGUCUGUAAAGUUCUGUUCAUCUUUGACGGCCUGGAUGAAAGCAGACUUUCACUGGAUUUCCACAACAAUGAGGUUGUGUCUGAUGUCACCAAGAAAUCAUCAGUCAACGUGCUGUUGACAAACCUCAUCCAGGGGAAUCUGCUUCCCUCAGCUCUCGUCUGGAUAACUUCCCGACCUGCAGCAGCCAAUCAGAUCCCUCCUGCAUGUGUUGACAGGGUAACAGAAGUACGAGGCUUCACUGACGCCCAGAAGGAGGAGUACUUCAGGAGGAGAUUCAGUGAUGAACAGCUGUCCAGCAGAAUCAUCUCACACAUCAAGACAUCCAGGAGCCUCCACAUCAUGUGUCUAAUCCCAGUCUUCUGCUGGAUCACUGCUACAGUUCUGGGCCACAUGUUGACUACAGACCAGAGAGGAGAGCUGCCCAAGACCCUGACUGACAUGUACUCACACUUCCUGGUGGUUCAGACAAAGAGGAAGAAGCAGAAGUAUGGUGAGGGACAUGAGACGAGUCCACAGGAGCUGACGGAGGCUGACAGGGAAGUUCUUCUGAAGCUGGGGAGGCUGGCGUUUGAACAUCUGAUGAAAGGAAACGUCAUGUUCUACCAAGAAGACCUGGAGCGGUGUGGUCUGGAUGUCACAGAGGCCUUGGUGUACUCAGGAGUUUGUACAGAGAUCUUCAAAAGAGAGUGUGUGAUCUUCCAGAAAACAGUCUACUGCUUUGUUCACCUGAGCAUUCAGGAGUUUCUGGCUGCAGUCUACAAGUUCCACUGUUCCACAAACAGGAACACAGAGGUACUGGAAGGCCUUCCUGGGAGAAAACAUAUCUUCAAUUCACUCCUGAAGAGAGCCAUGGAGAAAUCCCUUGAAAGUAAAAAUGGCCACCUGGACCUGUUUGUUCGCUUCCUUCAUGGCCUCUCUCUGAAGUCCAACCAGAGGCUCUUAGGAGGUCUGCUGGGUCAGACAGAAAACAGUCCAGAAACCAUCCAGAGAAUCAUCAACAACCUGAAGGCGAUGAACAGAGAUAAUGUCUCUCCUGACAGAAGUAUCAACAUCUUCCACUGUCUGACGGAGAUGAACGACCAGUCGGUACAUCAGGAGAUCCAAGAGUUCCUGAAGUCAGAGAACAGAUCAGAGAGGAAACUCUCUGAGAUCCACUGCUCAGCUCUGGCCUACAUGCUGCAGAUGUCAGAGGAGGUUCUGGGUGAGUUGGACCUGAAGAAGUACAACACAACAGACGCGGGACGACAGAGACUGAUUCCAGCUGUGAGGAACUGCAGAAAAGCUCAACUUUCUAAAUGUGAACUCUCAGAUACUCACUGUGAAGUUGUGGCCUCAGCUCUGAAGUCCAACCCCUCCCAUCUGAGAUAUCUGGACCUGAGUUACAACCCCAACAUGCAGGAUUCAGGAGUGAAGCUGCUUUCUGCUGGACUUGAGAGUCCAAACUGUAGACUGGAGAAUCUGAGGUUGUGGGACUGCAGGUUGUCAGAGAUCAGCUGUGCUUCUCUGGUCUCAGCUCUGAAGUCCAACCGCUCCCAUCUGAGAGAGCUGGGUCUGAGUGAAAACGAGCUGCAGGAUUCAGGAGUGAAGCUCCUGUGUGGUUUUCUGGAGAGUCCACUCUGUAGACUGAAGACUCUGGGAUUGAGUCUCUGCAGGUUGUCAGAGAUCAGCUGUGCUUCUCUGGCCUCAGCUCUGAAGUCCAACCGCUCCCAUCUGAGAGAGCUGGAUCUGAGUAAAAACGAGCUGCAGGAUUCAGGAGUGAAGCUUCUGUGUGGUUUUCUGGAGAAUCCACACUGUAGACUGAAGACUCUGGGAUUGAGUCUCUGCAGGUUGUCAGAGAUCAGCUGUGCUUCUCUGGUCUCAGCUCUGAAGUCCAACCCCUCCCAUCUGAGACACCUGUACCUGAGUGAAAACAAGCUGCAGGAUUCAGGAGUGAAGUUUCUGUGUGGUUUUCUGGAGAAUCCAAACUGUAGACUGAAGGCUCUGGGAUUGAGGGGCUGCAGGUUGUCAGAGAUCAGCUGUGCUUCUCUGGCCUCAGCUCUGAAGUCCAACCCCUCCCAUCUGAGAUACCUGAAUCUGGAUGACAACAAGCUGCAGGAUUCAGGAGUGAAACUGCUCUCUGAUCUUGUGAAGAGUCCAAACUGUAGACUGAAGACUCUGAGCCAGAAGGAGUGGCCUGUGUGAAUGCGUUGAGAGGAUCAGCCGUGUCCUGAUGAUCCACAGAGGUUCACCACCUGGACCUGGAUCUUAUUAACUCUUUUUUAUUCAUUCAUAUAUUCUGAACCCAAAAUGCCUCUGCAGAAUAGUUCAGUUUAUGACAACAUAACUGUAGAUUAACAUAUUUAAAUAGAUCUUUCUGCUUUGCGUUGUGUUGCAGCUCCACUCUGUGGAACGAUGGAGUUUUGCUGUUUAUUUCCACAUAUUUCUAAAUAACAGUGGAAGUUAAUAAAGUUACCCUAUUAAAACCAAGCCCCUCAGGAAGAGCGCCGGGCCUUGAUGCCCAUUUUCGUAGCGGCCAAACGGCGGUACUACAACUUCUGUGACCGUCACGUGAUGCCAUUGGGCCAAAAAAGACUUUUUCCCAUAGACUUACAUUGGGAAAGAGACGUCUGUAACUCAGCGGAUAGUUUAUUUUUGAGG